AUGGCGCAUGCCCAGGAUUCUCAAGAGCCCCAUAAACGGAAACGGGACGCAGACGACAGCGGCGCGCAGCCUGCCCAUUCUGAUCGCAUUCCCCAGCCUCCUCCGCCUCAGUCAGGCAAUGCAUCCAUCAUCAACUACCUCUCCAAAGCCAGCGCUUGCAGGCUCAAGCUGAUACAAGGAGAACCUGAAACAUUCUCUGACGUGCUUGGCCUUUUAAAUCAAUAUGAAGGUAUGGUUUCCCUUUAUUUGACCCGUGCGAACGGAAUGGAACGUCAGGCUCAAUCAUCGACGACAGGAGUUCUCAACAGACACGAGAGUCUCGCGGCCAACCUGGGCGCCAAGCUGACGGGUCCUCGUCUGCUAAAGGCGAUGGAAGGAGCCUUUGAGGGCCCAAUCAUCACCAACCCACCGCCUGCCUAUGGCACAGCGCCUGUGGGCUGGCUGGACAUAGUCACAUUCGCCAAGACGAACCCCGACAAGUUUGUCCUGACGACGGGUCAUGACGGUGAACGCACCUGCCAGUUCUACCUCAAUGGGUUGCAGGUCCAGAUUCUGGAAGACGACUGGCGCCUAAUCAUGAACGGCGCGUUGGACAGGUUUUCCAGCGUGUCGACGGCCCCUUUGGAAGAAGACGAGACGGCAGAAGUGGCGACGCUUGAGAUCGUGGAGCAGCGACUGCAGGUUCUCAUCAAGAAGGCCGAUGAAAUCGCCAAGAGGGCGCGUCAACUGAACUACCACUUGAGCGGCCGGAGGGCCGGCAUCAACUCACGCCAUGGCGGCCAGCAGGGGAGCAGCUCCGCAUUUCAGUCUGUCAACCAUGUCAGAGGGCAUGUUCCUCACGGCUCUGGCUAUGACCUACACGCCGACCUUCUUCAGCAGUUUCUGUCGUCUUCCCAGGCUUACCCUCCUCGAGUUCCGUCCAGCGCUGGGCUCGAGACAGCACAUUCGACUGGCCAACACACGCCACCUGCAACAAAUCCUCAUCCGCACUCACUUCCAUUGCAAGGCCGCCCGGCUGUCAUGCAUACCCCUGUUGUACCGCAGCGAGACUCGUCAUAUGACCCGUCAUCGGCGCACAGAGGUAUCAUCACGGCAAGAAUAGAAAAACUGAACAAGGGCGACCAAAUUUGGCCACCAUGCGACCGCUGUCGCAGACUCAAGUCUCCAUGCAUCAAACAUCUCACGGCCUGUCAGGGCUGCACCAAGAAACAUGCAAAGUGUGGAUGGAAAACCAUUACCGAGGAAGAGAUUGCCUGGCUCAAUCGCGAGGCGAGUAGCAGUACCGACGAAGCACACGCCGAACAGAGCCCGGUGCACCAAGCACCGGUGAGGUUGCUGCGAUAUGACCCAACACAAGACGACGGUCGAUCCAAUGAGGCGCCGCCGGUCUCUAAGAAUCUUAUGCCAGGAGGAGAUGCAUCUCGGCCAGCCAGUAGAGGGCAACAAGACCACCACCAACGAUCGCCUUUAGACCAGGGGUCUCGCAGCAGAACAAGCAGCUUCAUGGACGUGGAGCAUGAGCCUCCGCCCCCGAACCAGAAGGCAUGGAUGUUAGAGCCGCAGCGUGGAGAGCAGCUCCCCAGUAUCAAGAGAGACUUGUUGCUCAGUCACAUGGCGUCAGCGGCAACAGCCGCUGCUGAUGCUCGCGAUGCCAACUCAACGACAUCUGCAAGCAGCAUGGCUGGACGAUAG